AUGCGUAAUUGUCGCUCUGCCACCUCAGCACCUUGCUACAGGGAGUCACAAGGGAGUCGUUUGUUUGCGCAUGAUCGCUACGAUUCGCUGACGGAUGCUGAGAAUGCGGAUGACUGGCUGAAGUUUCAACUGAGAAAGCUGAAAGCGAAGAGAGAGAAUAAUCCGGAAGUGCUGAGGCGAAAGCGCCAAGAAAAACUGCUGCUCGAGGAACUGAAGCACGUGAGUCACGACAGGCAGUCGGCACGUGGUCGUGAUGAGCGUACGUACAGCGUAGAGGGCUAUGGACAACGCAGUGAUCCACUGACCGAAUAUCAAAUGGAGGAAGAACGGCUGCAAAAUGUCCGGACACCUUACGCGGAUAAUAAUAAGGCGCCAGAAGAAUUACCGUACGCUGUUCGCAGGGUGGUACCACCAAAACCGGCAGAUGCUGUAAGGCAUAAGCCUCCUACGCCUCCUCCUCGAGCGCGCUCACGCAGCCCUCCAUCAAGUCCUUAUCCACGACGAUCUCGCACCAGAACACCUCUGCAUGAGACGAUGUACCAACGUGAGAGGAAUCAGAUCAGUCGAAAUGAUAAUCGUGAGAGCGACUUCGAUGACAACGACUUCAGCCAUCUCAGGAGUAUUGUCAAGUUUUCGGAAGGAAUGGCAGAUCCCAAAUCCAGAUACUGGACAUCACUGAUUGUUUAG